AUGCGGCAUUACUACUUCUUCAGUAUACUCCUCCUUUCAAUACCUACCGCCUCAGGGUCACAACCACCCCACCAAGCAACAGCGCUGCUAACUCCCGAUCUCUCAACUCUCUACCUCUUCAUACCUCCCUCGCCCUCAUCACAAAGUUUCCGCUUCCUCUCCCUACCGUUGAACAAUACCUACUCAACCUCAAACUUCACUCACUCCUUCAUUGAGCUUUCCUCUCCGCCGCUCCCACCUUCCUCCUCCUCUGACGCCAAUGCCAUCUCGAUAGCGCCAAUACUAUUCCCAACAGGCCAACUUGCAGUCUUAACAGGCAGCUGCGACACCGAUAUCACAAUCCACGAAUACAGCUCUCAUAGCAACACAUGGAACCCUCGGUCCAUUGCACCGCCGUCAGGCCGUGGGGAACGAAGGCCGCUGAGAUAUCAUGCGAGGGCGUUUGCAUAUGGCGGCGAGGCGGGCAUGCGCGAGUUUGAGCAGGGCGUGGUGAUCACUACGUCGACAGUGAAUACGGCGUACGUGUUUGGCGGCGUGUGUCCUGCCGCCGGAGGCGGAGUGGAAUAUUCAACGGGGAUGAUGGAGGCGGGGUGGCCGUUGGCAAGGGCGCAGUCGUAUGUGCCGGGUGAACGAAAAGGCAAGGGAAAGGGAAAGGGCUCCUCACCGCCGUCGGCGCCGGCGGUGCAGGAUGGUGAGGCGGUAGCGGCGGCGGGGACGGAUACGGUGAUGCUGGCAGAGUAUGAUGGCCGGAGUAAUCGCGAGUGGCCAAUUGCUGAAGCUGGCUUCUCGCUCACGACAAUUUCAACACGAGAGGGGGGCGGCGGCGGCGCAGGGAGUGUGGUGAUGGUGGGCGGAUACACGGCGGGUGCAUUUGUGGAUAUGAGGCAAGUGGCGGUAUAUUCUGCGCCAGAUGGACGAUGGCGGUUUGCAGAUGUCGGGCUGCCGGCAGCUUCUCCGCCGAGACUGCGGUCGAGUGAGACGCGGGUGCUGGCCACUGGGUCCGGGCCCGUGGGCGUUGGAGAGACGACAAAAACGGAUCCGUCGGCGAGGGUGGCGGCGGUUGUGCAGCGGCGAAACGACGAUACACGCCGGAUUGACCCGCGGUCGGGACACAGCGCAGUGGCUACGCGGGACGGAAAGCGGAUUGUUGUGUACGGCGGAUGGGUGGGCGAUUUCAAUACGCCCGCUGAGCCGCGGCUGGUGAUCCUCGAGAUGACGGGCGAGGCGGGCAGGGACGAGUGGCGGUGGGACAUCCCGUUCAUCCACCCGGGCGAGCUGGGCCCGCCGACGGACGGGGAGGCAGAGGGCUUGAGUGGGCAUGCGGCGGUGAUGCUGGAGGGCGACGUGAUGAUGAUCACCAGCGGAUAUCGCAUCUCGCCGUUUGUGAAUGCGUCGGUGGUGAAUACCAAGAGCUACUUCUUCAAUGUCACCUCGGGCAUGUGGGCGGGCACGUAUAAGCCCGCGGGUAUACUUGCAGCGGAAGAGGAAGAGGCGGCGGGGAGGAAAUCGGAGCAUAGGAGGACCACGGGGAUUGUGCUUGGAGUUAUUUUUGGUGUUGCGGGACUUGCAGCGGCGAUCAUUGGCUAUCAUUGGUACUUCCGAAAGGGCCGGAGAACCGAGCGUGACGCUGAAGGAGCAGGCCCACUGGAGAGAGAAAGGUGGGGGUCCUUUGGAUUUUACGGAGGGCCGUCAGCGAGUGAAGAGAGACUGGGAUCCUUCAACUGCUACGGGACAGAGAAGCCCUCAAUGAUGGCCGGCAGCACAGAGCGACUCGGAUUAGGUUCGAUAUAUGGCUCCCGAAGACUGUCUAUGAGCCAGGAAAGACUCGGGAUUUAUGGCUCCCACAGAGCAUCACUCAGCCAAGAGCGAGUCGGCAUCGUUGAAACCCGCAGCCACUCCUACCGCGUCCUCGGUGAAGAAGCUGCGGUAUCAGAACCUCGGCCUGCCUCUCCUCCCGCCUCCGCCUCUCGCCCCCCUCUACUCCGCAAAACAUCCUACCUCACAACUACGUCAACCGCCGCCGUUCCGGGAAUCCGCCCGCCUCCAAAGGCACUCCUAAAAACCAACCCCGCCCGAGUCUCCACAAUCUUCGAAGCCGAAGAAAACGCAUUCGAUCCCAAUCGGGGCUCUCGCGGCAGCUCCUGCGCCGCUACAACAGGCUCUGAUGACGAUCACCACCUGGCGAACCUACAAAACCUGUAUACCCGCUCACUGGCAUUCGCGGAGAAAAUGGCGGCCCAGGAAAUCAUAUAUGAGCAGCAGUCACGCUCACGAUCACGCUCUACAACCCUUAGUGGCGAGUGGAGCGACCAGACGGCAUCACUGCCGAGAAUCCCGCCGAGAGCGGCACUCAGCUCAGAGAGUCUGAGCCUAGUGCCAACGGCGCCUGUUAGGAUCCCAUAUAACCGCUCGUUCCCACCGUCCGUAACGAGGGUCGAGCCCGUAGUGCCGAGGCCGAGGGUGAAGACGUUGUUGACGCCGGCUAGGUUCUUUCCCGAGCAGGUCGCGAAACGGCGUGUUGUGUCAUUGGCAGCAAAGGCUGCUGGUGAGCUUGAGCAAGAGAAGGAGAAGCAGCCGCCGAGGCGCUGGGCAAGCAUAUCAGCGCUGCGCAGCGCACUGCCGGAUAUAUUACCGACGAGCCCGAUCUCGCUAUGGGAGACGCCGGGGAGUAGUAGCCGGUUCUCGCGGAAUGCGUCGUCGUCGGCGUCGGCCGGGACGAUGGGAACGAUAGGGAGCGCGGGCGAUGUGGUGGAGAUGCCGAGUAAUAUGGUGUUGGAUUCGGCGCUGGGGGUUGGCAUGGGGAUGGGGAUGGGGUUCUCGGGUUUGGGGGAUGAGUGGGAUUUGGAGCUGGAGGCGGCGAUCGAGAAGAGGGUGGUGCAGGUGCUGUUUACGGCGCCGAAGGGCGCGCUGAGGGUUGUGAACUUGGAUGAGAGGGUGGUGGCGCCGAGCGUGGAUGAGGAGGAGGUGGAGGAGAAGGUGAAGGAGGUAGUGGAGGUCAAGAUGGAGGUGGAAGUGGAGAAGGUGGUGGAUGCCCCUACGGGGAAGGUCGAGCUGAAGGUUGUGAUUCCGGCGGUGGAGGAGAAGGUGUUUGAGAGUAGCUCGGCGCCGGGAGAUGUGAUUGAGGUGGUUCCGGGGAAUGUUGGAGAGGGCAUCUUGGAGAUGAUAUGCCAGUGA